ACCAUAGACUGUAUAACAAUUACCUCAAACUGACGAAGAUAGACGCAAACAAGAAAUGCUGUGCCGAGUAUAAGAAGAAACACCUGCUUUAUUGUUUAAUAUAAAAAAUGUCUUAGCCGCGUUAUAAAAUAUGAAUGUAGUUCUCGGGGUUGCUCUUAUGUUUUUUGGGCAUGUAUCUAAAGUGUCAGCCCUGUUGCCCCGCCCUGAAAACGUCACUCUAGAGACUCUCAACACCCACUACGUACUCGCAUGGGCCUGGAACCCAGACCGGGGCUGCACAGGCAACCAAAAGCCCACGUUCACCGCCCAAUACCUACCUAAAUUUAAACUGCGGUCCAAAAAGAGGGUCUGGACGUCAGCCUGCACAGAUACCUCAGAUGCCUACUGUGACUUCACCAGUUGUGACCUGCACUAUCUGGGCAUGUACGUGCUCCGGGUGCGAGCCAGAUGUGCCGGAAGGAACUCGGAGUGGGCACAGCUCGACUUCUGUCCGGACAAGCAGGCUCACCUGGGCCCGCCCUCCAAAGUGGUAGUCAUUCCAGGCAUCCGGCUUCUGGAAGUGCAGAUCUCUGACCCACUUACCAGUAAGAACACCUCAAUGAAGGAAACCUACCCAGAAUUAUAUUACCUCAUCAUGUACUGGAAAGACACCCAGAAUGUUGUGAAAGAUUAUCACUAUUUGAACACGAGCAUCAACAUUGUGACCCUGCCCGAUCUGGAGCCAUGGGCUGUGUACUGCUUCAGAGUGCAGUCACGAUACAACUUCUACAACAAGAUCAGCAGCUUCAGCCAAAUGCUCUGCCAGCAGACCACAGAUAGGACCCCGCUGUGGCAGAUCCUCCUGUGGUUCCUGGCCUCCCUGGUCCUGUGUUUCCUGUGUGUCUUGCUCCCUUCAUACGGCCUGCUGAAAUUCUACUGGCUGGUCAAAGCCACCUUCUUCCCUAACUGCCAGCUCCCAGACAACAUACAGGAGUACCUGUACGACUCCUCGCCUGACUCAGACCGGCCGCGGCUCCUGACUCCAGAGUCGGAGGUGGAGGUGUGCUGUGACUCCCUGGACGUGUGCCCCGUGGUGGUGCUCCCCGAAAUCCAUGCCCCGGCACACGUCCCCUACGCCCUGGACCCGGACCAGGACCAGGACCUGGACCCGGACCUGGACCCGUCCCGGCACAGCCGGCAGGACAGCGGGGACUCCGGGGUCUAUUCCACGGAAGGGUCCGGACAAACGGGCGGGACCGGGACUGGGACGGGGGCGGAGCAGGUGAAGAUGGUGGAGAUGGGGGCGGAGACAAGGACAGAGUGUCUCAACGCCGCCCCCUGUGGCCGUGGCCUGAAGUGCAAACUGCAGUUUCCCAGCGUUUGGGCUGCUGAGGAUGUCCUGGAGGAGUGCGUCUGACCCCCUGUGUCUGACCUGAAGAUGGUUGCGUAACAGCCCAAAGGGGAAUGUUCCCCCAUACCGAGAAUUGGACGUCUUUCAGGUGACUGACAGUUGUGACGAUGACGAUGUCGGACUUAUCUGAAAUGAUGCCGUUGUCUGCGGGCUGUCCAAUUAUUCUCUGUUUCAUAUGGCUUGUGGAACAGUUGGUGUAGAGCUGUGUGUGCGCAGCUGAAAUUAAGUUAAUGUUUGUGUGCGUGUGUGUGAAUGUGUGUGCAUGUGUGUGAAUGCGUGUCUGUGUCUGUGUGCGCGCGCGUGCGUGUGUGUGCAUGCGUGCGGUUCACUGUGUUCAGAUAUGAGAAGAAGACCCAGGCUUGUGAUGCAAUGGCCACAGUGUGUCGCUGUGCACCAGCACAGGAAGAGGAGUUAAUCUUGUGGCAUGUGUGUGUGUGUGUGUGUGUGUGUGUGUGUGUGUGUGUGCACCACAAAUCUAAGUCAGUAUGGGUGUCUUUAUCUCUCAGCACUUACGAAUGACGUUUUUUGGGUCCCCCCAUGGAACGCAGCAAAGCGAAAAGAUUGAUCUUUUUUUACGAGGAAAGCUUAAAAAAAAAAAAAGCUUGUAUGCUUUAAUGGUGAAGAGGGAGCUGGACUGGCAUUCCGUGUGCGUAUGUAUGUGCACGUCAGUGUGAGAGAACGGGAGGUCGAGACACCGAAUUUCUCUGUGUUUUUGAUUCUUAUAGAAUCCUGUGGCAUAUUCAACAUGUCCUGUGGCAAGUGCCCCUGUUUUUUUUGUUUCUUUGUUUCUCAUUUAAUCCUCUGCAUUCUCCGCCCACAUUGAAGUCACAGGUGUGUACGGGUAGAUUGCCAGAAGUGAAAGUCUUAAAGAGAACUGGAUUAACCUCUGUGCAAUAUAUUUAUUUUUCUUCUGUUCUUUUCUACUUUUCCCCUCUUCCCUUUUUUUAAUAUAAAUGUGUAGUGUUUUUGAGUCCAGGUGUACAUAUAACCAGUAAAAGUGCUCCAAGGCAUGCGAAUGUUUUUCAGUUAAACCUGAUGUGUCCGGUUGAAAUAAACAUGUGGAAACAUG